AUGGAUAGAGACAAAGACAGUAAAUCCCCUCCUUUGCCACCUUCAUCUUCCUCAUCCCAACCUUUCAGUCACGACAUAAUCGGAAUGCCCGAUAAUCCACCCAAAAACAGGGGUCAUAGACGCGCUCAUUCCGAGAUUAUCACCCUUCCCGAUGACCUCACUUUCGACACCGAUCUCGCCCUCGAUGAAGACUUCCUCUCCCUAGUAGAUCAUCUCAAUUCCCCUCCCUCUCAAGAUAACAACAACCUCAUCAACAAUAACAAUGACAGUAACAACGUUGGUAAUGAAAGGCCGAGGGUUAGACACCAACAUAGUCAGUCCAUGGAUGGGUCCAUCCAGCCGGAGAUGCUGGUCUUCGGCACCGAUGACGUCUCCGGCGUGGAUGCCAAAAAGGCUAUGUCCGCUGACAAACUUGCUGAGCUUGCCUUAAUUGAUCCCAAACGGGCUAAAAGGAUAUGGGCAAACAGACAGUCUGCUGCAAGAUCAAAAGAAAGGAAGAUGCGUUACAUUUCCGAGCUUGAAAGAAAGGUGCAGACAUUACAAACAGAAGCAACAUCCUUGUCUGCACAAUUAAAUCUCUUGCAGAGAGAUACAAACGGACUGAAUGCUGAGAACAGUGAGUUGAAGUUGCGGUUGCAAACCAUGGAGCAACAGGUCCACUUACAAGAUGCCUGUGUAGCAGUUGGCAGCAUUAAAUGA